GUAGCUUGAAGAAAAAAAAGGCUCCGACAUGUCAGGCGAAGAAAAGAAAAGGACCAGGACGGUUCCCAAAGCAAAGAUAAAACUCGCCCUACAGGGUCUCAUGAAGGGAGAGGAUGACAUGAAGACGGCCAUAGACCAGGCGUGGGACAAGCUGGACACGGACGGGAGCGGCUUUCUGGAGAAGCAGGAGUUCUAUGAAGCCAUCAACCUCGUGCUGGUUGGAGAAGGAGACGAAGUUGGCAUCGGAGAAAAACAGUUCAACAGUUUUUUCGACAAGGUGGACAAAGACGAUGACGGGAAGAUCUCCAAGGACGAGUGGUUCAAGCGGGCCAGGGGCCUCUUUAAGAGGAUGGAGGAGAAUAUCGACAACGAGGAGGAGGACGCACCUUGAAGGCCGUCCAAGCAAGUCCAGACCGGAAGUGGUCAUCAAUAGAUGAGUUCAAAGAUCACCAGACUGCCUGCGUCACGGUUUAACUACGUCAUAUCCGUCAAAUUCGAACGCGUUCUGAACGUCAUUUCCAUGUGCGUUCGAUGCGUUCGAUCGAAUGUGUGCUUGUACGUCAUCAGAGCGGGACGUACGUCAUUCUAUGACGCAAGCAGUUUCGUGUUCUGCGACCUUGUCUAUUUAAAAGUUGGCUGAGUAAUAUGUUCUAUAGAGAUCGGAUGUCACCGAAUAUAGCAAUAGUGCCAACGACCUGGAAUAAAUGAGUCUGAGGCUCCUGA